AAGGCGCCUGGUUCAACUGUGACCUCGAAGCUCAAGGUAGUUCACUAGGCUCCUCUUAUACCCGUCCUGUUUUUCUGCCGUGCAGACUACUUAUUCUGAGUCAAAAAACUGACAACACCAGUUGCUGAUCGGAUAUCCGUUGGUUGAGCACAGCUUAGUUUAUACAAAGUCGACUAUCUUAAGGUUAGAUUCAUUUGAAUAAUAUUGUUUAGAUCACUUUCUAAUGAAUAAUCCAAUUGAACUGUGCGAAUCUGUUGCAAUUAAUGACACGUCAACCUUGCAAAACACCGUCAAAGAUUUAUGUCACAGGCUGGAGAAAAACCCUUUCGAUUAUAAUGCACACGUACAACUCAUCGAGUGUCUACGAAAAAUAGGCGAUUUCAAGAGACUCAAAACUUCGCGUGAGCGUAUGCACGAAACCUAUCCACUUACUCCAGCACUGUGGCUUCAAUGGAUCGAUGAUGAGCUUAAAAAUGCUUCUACACUUGAAGAAAAGCGACGAGUGGAAAUUCUUUUUAAACGUGCGAUUGAUGAUUAUGAAGAUAUCAAUGUAUGGUUGGAAUACUGUCACUUCGCAAUCUCUACUUCGGAUUUUAGUUCUGCGGAUAGUAUAAAGCAAGCGGAAGUCAUUUUUGAAUCUGCUUUGUCACAUCAAGGACUUAAUGUUGUUGGGGGUUCGAUGCUAUGGGAGAUCUAUCGUGAAUAUCUCACUGUAGUGUGGUCUCAGCUACCACAAGAUCAUAAGGAAAUGAAACUAGAACAACUGAAUAAAAUGGACCGUCUAUUUCAGCGUCAACUCAGCAUUCCACAUUUGAAUAUGGAGGAGACAUUAACUGAAUAUAAAAGUUUCCUGUCUGAUAUUGGUGUAGAACUAUAUCAACCAAGGGAAAAUUCAGAUUCCUUUGUACCACAAGAAAUCAAAACGGAAUAUGAGAAAGCUUUAGAGCGUUUGGCUGUUAUUUUACCAUUUGAGGAAUCCAUAGAAGAAUCUACUGACAAGUCAGAAGCGGAAUCUGUUUCCAGUUGGAAUACGUAUAUUGAUUGGGCGGUUCAUUGUGCAAAACGAAAAAAGCCUAAAACAUCUAAAAAUACUGAUAGUAAGAAUAAUGAGAACACUUCUAACAAUUUUGUUGUAUCACCUAAUGAGUUAUGCUGUCUUUUUGAGCGUGCUAUUACAGCACAUUGUUUAGAUACAUCUUUUUGGAUACGUUAUGCAGACUAUGUGGAAUCUCAGCUAGAAACGGAUGUUCUGCGUUUGCAAAAGUUAUUGUCUCGAUCAGUUCGUAAUUGUCCUUGGUGUGUCGAGUUAUGGCAGCGUUAUGCAUUAGUCACUGAAGCUGUGAUUCUUGAAAAUAUUUCAUUCAAAUCAAAUACCAAUGGAACACAACAGGAAUCUGUUUCCAAUGAGUCUGAUCUAUUUAAAGAGGUUGAUGGUAUAUAUGAAACAGCUCUAGCAGCUGGUUUCACUAAUCCAGAUGAUGUAUUGAAAAUUUGGCGUAGUUAUUGUGAUCAUCAUUUGCGUAGACUUCUUUUAUUAGAUAAGAGUUCUUUAUCUUGGGAAUAUCGACUGUCAUUACUUCGAGCAACAUUUGGUCGAGCUAUAGAAUAUUGUUUUGAAUUAUUGCACUCUCAAUCAAAUGUUGAUUGGUCACUUUUAAAUUAUUAUGCAUUUGUUGAAGCAAAGUAUGUGGAAGAUAAAGAGCGUGCUCGUUCUCUUUGGACAAGUUUAAUAAAGUUACCUGGACAUGGGAGUCGAGCUGAAUACUGGAUACCUUAUAUUCAAUUUGAACAGACUUGGGGUGAUAUGAAAAAUUUACUUCGGAUAUGUGCUAUGGCUAUUAAUUCAAUUAAUUUUGACCAAUCAGAAUUAGUAUUUCAAGUGGUUUUACGUGCAGUUGGUGAAACUGGGGUACCUGUUAAACAAUAUAGAGAUAUUAUUACAAAAAUACAUGCACGUCGAGCUUCUUUAAUGGAGUCUGUUAAAGAUGUUCAGUCGACAAAAUCAGAUACUGAGAUACCAGUUAAAUUAAUGGAAACCAAUUUAUCUGGUUCAAGAAAACGAAAACUACCUGAUCAUCCAAAUGAUGCUGCCACGUUAAAAUCAGCCAAAGUAUCAAAACCUAAUCCUACUUCUCAUGGGACAUUUGUUCCACACGAUCCAUCGAAAAAUGAGUUUACAGUAUUUGUAAGUAAUCUUGAUUAUUCAGUCAGUGAGGAACAAAUUCGGCAUACUUUUGAAAAGUGUGGAAAUGUGACAUCUGUUCGUCUCGUACGUGAUUACGCUGGUCGGUCGAAAGGAUUCGCCUAUGUUGAAUUCGAAAAUAAAGAGUCUGUGAAAAAUGCACUUACACUGGAUAGACAAGGAAUUACACGUCCGACCUCAGAAAGUGUGCCAUGUGACUCUGAUAGCCAAAAACAAAAAGAAGAGGAUAAUGCAACAAUUCCAAAACCACCUAAUUGUUAUGAUCGUCCAAUGUUUGUAUCGAUAUGUGAUCCAAGCAGACCUAAAUCAUGUGGAUUUAAAUAUACGGUUGGCAAAAAAGAACCUGAAAAGUUAUUUGUGCGAAAUUUAGAUAAAGCUGUAAAAAACGAAGAUUUGGAAAAGUUAUUCAAGCAGUAUGGAAAUAUUGUGAGUAUUCGUCUAGCAACAUAUCGUAACGGUGUCCCAAAAGGUCAUGCCUACAUUGAAUUCACGAAUGCAGAUGAUGCCAGUAAAGCGUUAGUUGCCACAAAUGGCUUAGAAUUCAGAAAUAAAAUAUUGUCAGUAUCUAUUAGUGAACCACCUGUACGUGAUGGAAGUGGUCCGCAAGGCUGUAAAUCAAUUACAUCAGAAGAAAAAAAAGUGUUCAAAACCCCCCAAAUUAUUAAUUUGAGUGGUUCUCAUCCCGUCGGAACUAGUGUACGGAAAUCACGAACGCAGUUAGAAUUUUUGCCUCGUGCAGUUCAUCGAACACGUGAAAUUCAAGAUCAAGUGUCAGAAAGUAAGAUGGAUACUGGAACUAUCGACCCUCAAUCAUCCACCGUUACUGGUAGUAAGGAUAAUGAGUACUUUCGAAGACUGUUGAAGUGACGCACGACCUAACUUUUCUCUUGUAAAUUAUUGAAUAUCAAUUUUUAUAAUAAACCCUAUGGUCAGUUUAUUGGCAUCGGUAUCCCAAAACCCAGUUCUUUCUAAGCUUCUUGUUAGCUAAACUUUCUGGUUAGUACUUUCCUAACCUUCCUAAUAUACUUGAUCAACUGAAAAUACGGAUGAGAUUUCUUAUCGGUUAAAAAUGUGUGUAAUGCGAAAUGUGGUGUAAUUACUUCUACAAAGUUUGACUGUUAAUCAUAAGGAUGUAACACGCUGUAAUUAUAAAUUGUAAGCUUGUUCCAUUUUAACGGGUGCUUGAUCAUAAGCUAAUGCUCAAAAUAUAAGGUACAAGUUCUCCCAACGUGUCACAGACGCAUGACAUUUAGACCACAGUACUCAGCCAAGCAUCAAACAGAAUUUGGACCUCAAUCGUCGUCGAAGGCAGUUGGAACGUGAAGUGAUGUUUUGUUGUUUACUGCCUCAAGGAAUCUUAUGUGGUGACUGAGAGCGUUGCUAACAUGUAGUUUUCUAAUGACUAAGCUUUGGCUUCGAUCAGAAUGCUUGGUUAAAACAAGGACGAUAUCCAAAGAUAUUGUUACAACGAAAGCUCUUACUUUUUUCACAUGCUUUUGCUGGAAAUUACCUGAACUGUACUAGACAUCUUACGCUAAUUGAAAUAUCCUUGUUUUUUUAAGUUUUUCUAACAUCAUCGUCGUUAAUCUCCCAGGAAUUCGCAUUUCCGUUUUUAAACAACAGUUUAUUCAACAUAGUCUGUUCUUCCCUAGGAUUCUUCCGUUUAGAAACACUCGUGUGGACUGUGAAGAUCCUGUAUACUGAGAUUAAAUAGGCGUGAAUUUUGCAUUUUGUGAUAGUUUCUUUCGCACAUAUCAUUCCAUCAAGUGCACAACCACGUUAUCUGAACCCGAUACACCGAGAAAAAGCUUCCAUUGGUUAGUUCCUACAGAACUGGUCAACUUGCUCUAAUCCACGAUCUGUUUCAAUUUCCUCAAACAGUGCUUCUACAUCAACGUAAGGAGACUUUGGAUGAAAGUAGGAGAACUCAGGAAAUUUUGUUUUCUUAUGCUAACGAGAACGUGGCUUUCGUUUGAAGUCGAGUGACUUUUUCAUGUCUGACAAGGAGGAAGAGCGACGAUUUGUGUAUGAGGUUAUUUCGGCUACACUAUGUCAUUCGAUGAAACUUAUUUGUUGUUUCCCUUUACAUGUAUCGCUUCCCCUGUUACCCUCUAUAUUCAACUACAUGUUCAUUUUUUGUUUCGCUUGUGGUUAUUAUGAUCAUGUCGAUUGUAAUUUUUGAAUGGCUAUCAGCUCUCUGAUAUCCUUGUGGUUUCGUGUUUUUUAACUUAACAUUUCGAUUUUUGGAGGAUGCCAUAAUGGAUGGCCUUAUUACAGGAUAAUCUUGUUUAAGUUGGUUCAUUAAAUCUAUCCCUAAAGGAUAGAGACAUAAUCUCAUUUAUUAUAUGAUCAUUAAUUUGUGGAUUGAAUGCUUACCAUUGGGGGCGAUUUGAUUCGUUAUUUUUUGGAUAGAGCACUAUUACUGGAUUAUUGGGAACCCUUUUAUGUAUUUAGCAACUGAUUAUACAAUCUCGCUGAAUUUUGCGUUCUUAUCAGUUGGCCAAAAUUUUAUUUUGGCCCAAUUUCGGUUUUUAUAUGUAUUCUUGUUCUUAGCACAUUUAAACUUUUCUACCUACUUACUACGUUACUAUGUACUAACUGUUUCACCUUAUCGCCUUUUAGUAACGUUAAAAUACAGCGCAUUAUAGAAUCA